AUGCGGCAGCUCCUGGCUCCUUCUUGGGCCAAUGUCAAUACUCUCGAGGAGGCCUCUUUCAGUUCACUUCCGCUUCCCCCAGAGAUAUUUCUGGAAGUGAUUGAGUAUUUGGAAGCCGAAGAUAUCUUGGCUCUCGCGCAAGCCGAUGAGGGUUACAAGUGGACAUAUAAACAUUGUUCGGCAUUAUCUGAGAGAGGAUCCGAUCCAUGCACUGCUGAUAAUGAGGGAAAGACGACAUUGCACGUGGCCGCUGGUUUCGGUCACUGUAACGUGGCGUCUUUAUUGAUUGAUGCGGGAGCCGAUAUCAAUGCACGUCUUAAGAAUGGAUUAGCUCCACUGGAUUUUGCCGUUCUAACGGGAUAUUAUGGCGUCCUGGAGCUUCUUUUGAAUAAAGGAGCCACCAUUACGGAUGUAAGGAUCGGCGAGGCUCAAAGAACGACUCUACAGGCCGCUGCUAUCAGGGGGUAUAGCCGAAUUGCAGAGGUUUUGAUAAGACAUAAAGCUCCUAUUGAUAUCAAGGAUGGCCACGGUCACACGCCUCUUCAUUUGGCUGUUUCGAAAGGGCAUCUUGAGAUAGUUCGGGCGCUGCUUCGUGCUGGAGCAACCUGCCUCACAAGAGAUGAAAAAGGCGACUCACCUCUGCACCUCGCCGCCAGCAACGGUUAUACUGCUAUAGUACAGGAGCUUCUGAACAAGGGAGCAGACCCUUCUCUGCGAGGCCACGAGAAUGCUAUGCCAUUGCACCAGGCGUCAUUGAUGGUUUACGUUGAUAUUUUCCUGCUUCUUCUCAAUGCUGGGGCGAAUGUGUCUGCUCAACUUUUAGAUGGGAAAACCCCUCUUCUUCAAGCCCGUGGCGGCGGUCAGGUCGCAAUCGUGCGGCAGCUAAAAGCUGCCGGAAGCUGCCCUUCAGUUCCAGGUGAGGAUGGGAACACGCCACUACACUUCGCUGUCCUUCCAGGGAAAACAGCAAUCGCCGGUAUGCUAAUAGAAGCUGGAGCACAUGUCGAUAGCAUAAAUGACAGGAAACAGGGCCCCUUACACUGGGCAGCUAGAGAACACGAAGAGAUGGUCUCUACUUUGCUGAAGCAAAAUACAGAACAAGAAUGUAAGCUUUUUCACAAGUUUGAUGAUAAUUCAUUGAUUUGGGUCGCCCUUUUUUGUAUUUCUGAAACUGAUUUACUUGAUUAG